AUGAUAGUGGUGAUAAUGGGAGUGAGCGGGUGUGGGAAAACUGAAGUAGGAUCCCAACUGGCAAAUAAGCUAUGUUGGAAAUUCUAUGAUGCAGAUGAUUAUCAUCCACAUAGCAAUAAACUGAAGAUGGGAAAAGGGAUCCCAUUAAAUGAUCAGGAUAGACAUCCAUGGCUCUGUGAUCUUCAUAAUCUGAUAUUGAGUGACAAAGCCUGCGGUCAGCAUGUGGUGUUAGCAUGCUCUGCAUUGAAGAAAGCCUACAGGGAAAUGCUGGCUACUGGGGCACAAUCAUGUACAUCUGACAGACAGCAGCAAGAAAUCCAGGAUCCAGAUCUAUUCUUCAUCCACUUACAAGGUUCAUGGAAAGUGAUCUCGGAGAGGUUUCAGAAGAGGACAGGACAUUUCAUGCCGGUGGAAUUGUUAGCAUCACAGUUUGACACUCUGGAGCCUCCAGCAGCACCUGAACAUUUCAUGACAGUAAAUGUGGAGAAGGACGUUUCACAGAUUGUUUCAGAAAUACAAAGUGUGUUAGAGGAUAAGAUGCAAGGCCCCGUUAGAGCGGAAGUGGACUGAUCCA